GCACAAGAGAAAGAGAUCGCUCCAAACAAGUUCUCUUGCCUCACUUCUCUUCUUUAUUUUCCACAAGCCAGGUUUUAGCCCUUGACUUCCUACCCUCCACCUGCACCCUGAGUCCCCAACUCCUUCUGGUCACCUAUCUCCAAACUCUGGACUCAGCUCAAAUUCUGCAGGGGACUGGGAACAGGUCUUCCCACCCUGCCCUAUGCCACCCAGGGAGUCGCUCCUCAGAGAAGCCAGAUGGGAAAUGAGAACCCAGGGUCCCCCUGAGGGGGCUGGAUUGGACCCCCAAGCCCUCCUUCCAAGCCCCAGCCCACUCCAGGGGACACCUAUCUGGACAGUGCCCAUAAGAAGAGCAGAGGAAUGAAGAGCUCACCCCAGCUGGGCUCCUGAGCCAGGGCCAGGGCUCCCGUGAAGCCACUACCCGCUCCAGCUCCGAGCAGGGCCAUCCUGCAUGCCUAAUCGGCUAUUUAAGGAGCUGUUCGCCAGCAACCCGGCAGCACCCCCCCACCACGUACACCCGUCCAGAGCCACCUUAAAAGCGGGAGGCAAUUGUGAAGUCGCUGGCCAGCAAGUGGAGUGAAGACUGUAGAGGUAGAUUUAAAAAAGAGAGGCGGCGAGAGAUUUGUCCUGGGGACCCAAAACCCUACGGUACCCUACUGAAAACCAAAUCCCCUGGAAGCCCACAGAGACCCAGAGAACGCAAGCAAAAAAGAGAUAAAUACAUCCAGCUCAGCUCCAAGAAACUCCUCUCUCUCUCUGUCCCUCCCCACUUCCUUCUCUCUCCCUCCCUUCCUCCCUCUCCCUUUCUUUCUCUCUCUCUCUCUCCCUCUCUCUUUCUCUGUUUCUACCUCUCUCUCCCUCUCCCCCCAACUUUUUCUGCCAACCCUAGCCCUCUAGUCCCCAAACUCCCAGUACCUGCUUCUUCUGGGGAUACCAUGUUGUUCUUCACUCUCCUGCUGGAGGUGAUUUGGAUCCUGGCUGCAGAUGGGGGUCAGCACUGGACAUAUGAGGGUGAGAGCAGAGCCCAAAGCCCACCGCCAUCCCUUUCACACUGGGACCUCUUCACCUGCCAGGAAGACUUAUGUCGAGCCCACAUGGUCAAGACCAUUGGCCAGCCUCUUACCCUGAGUGUGGAAGCAAUGCCCAGUCCCCCAUCAAUAUCCAGACAGACAGUGUGACUUUUGACCCUGAGCUGCCCACUCUGCAGCCCCAUGGAUAUGACCAGCCUGGCACUGAGCCCUUGGACCUGCACAAUAAUGGCCACACAGUGCAACUCUCUCUACCCCCUACCAUGUAUCUGGAGGGAUUUCCCCGAAAAUAUGUAGCUGCCCAGCUCCACCUGCACUGGGGUGAGACAGGAUCCCUGGGGGGAUCAGAGCACCAGAUCAACAGUGAAGCCACAGCUGCAGAGCUCCACAUUGUACAUUAUGAUUCAGAUUCCUAUGGCAGCUUGAGUGAGGCCGCUCCAAUGCCUCAGGGCCUGGCUGUCUUGGGCAUUCUCAUUGAGGCUAGUCAGCAACCCACUGUGACCAUUUGUUCUGUAUGUGAACGUCUUACUCCAAAUGUGGACCUAUUCCAAACUCUCCCUUUCCAGGUGGGUGAGACUAAGAAUCCAGCUUAUGAACACAUUCUGAGUCACUUGCAUGAAAUUAGGAAUAAAGAUCAGAAGACCUCAGUGCCUCCCUUCAACGUGGGAGAGCUGCUCCCCCAGAGGCUGGACCAGUUCUUCCGCUACAACGGCUCACUCACCACCCCACCCUGCUACCAGAGUGUGCUCUGGACAGUAUUCAACCGAAAGGCUCAGAUUUCCAUAGGACAGCUGGAAGAGCUUCAGGAGACAUUGUUCUCCACAGAAGAGGAGCCCUCGAGGCCCCUGGUACGGAACUACCGAGCCCCCCAGCCUCUCAAUCAGCGGACAGUCUUUACUUCUUUCAUCCAAGUGGGAUCCGUGUAUACCACAGGCGAAAUGCUGAGUCUAGCAGUGGGAAUCUUGGUCUGCUGUCUCUGCCUUCUGCUGGCUGUUUAUUUCAUCGCUAGAAAGAUUCGGAAGAAGAGGCUAGGAAACCGGAAAAGCGUGGUCUUCACCUCAGCACGAGCCACAGAGGCAUAGACUCCUUCUCGGACAUCAUGGAUGCCUUCCCCUCAUGCCAAUCAGGGAGCUUCUAAAAUGAGGGGCAGGGACUGGCCAGAAAAUACUGUAGAAGUAGUGGGCAGACACCCCUCCUUCCUCCAGACAGCCCCUCCCGAGAGGCAUGGACAGGCUCUCAUUCAAGGAGUAACAGCAGAGCCCACGGCCUCUCAAAUCAUAUAGAUCAGGACCAUCCCCACAUUGACAACGCAGAGGGCAAAUUGUGUUUAUUAGCAGGGGAAGUUGGGGAUGCGCCCCAAAGUCCUCUAUCCCCUUGCCUUUAUGUCCCUUUCCCUACAUGUCGUGCAGAUUCUCCCCUUAGGAAAAAGAGUUGCUGCUGUUGGGGUUAUAUUUUUUUGCUCAAUAUAUCUGGAAAUUAAAGUUUCUAACCCCA